CAAAGGUAGAGUCUCUCUCUCUCUCUCUCUCUCUCUCUCUCUCUUUCGUGGAAUCCUAAAAUCCCUAAUGUCGCUGAUAUUUGGUAUAUAUUAAGUUGACUGCAGCAUUCUUGUAGUCAGAAAAGAUGGCCAAGAAGAAAAAUCCCCUUGUGUUUCUGGACAUAUCAAUUGAUGGAAACCGAGCUGAAAGAAUAGUAAUCGAGCUCUUUUCAGAUGUUGUUCCUAAGACUGCUGAGAACUUUCGAGCGCUUUGUACUGGAGAGAAGGGCAUUGGGGCUUCUACUGGAAAAUCAUUACAUUACAAGGGAUCAAUUUUUCAUCGCAUUGUCAAAAGAUUUGGUGCUCAAGGUGGCGAUAUUGCAAAACUAGAUGGCAGUGGUGGAGAAAGUAUAUAUGGAGGAAAGUUUUCAGAUGAGAAUUUUAAGCUGAAGCAUGAUGGACCUGGUGUUUUGUCCAUGGCAAGUCCUGCACCAGAUUCAAAUGGAUCGCAAUUUUUCAUGAGCUUCAGGGCUGCACCACGCCUUGACGGCAAAAAUGUUGUUUUUGGGAAGGUCGUGAGUGGAAUGAGUUUGCUGAAGAAGAUGGAACAGGCAGGUUCAGAUAAAGGAAAACCUAUUUGCACUGUUAAAAUUGUGGAUUGUGGUGAAGCUUCUGAUAAUAAAACUAAAACUGAACUUGGGACUGUAAAAGAAGAUAAGCUUAUAAAAUCAGGAAGGGAUCUUCCUUCAGAUGAUAGUUCUGAUGGAGAGAGGAGGAUAGGACACAAGAGAACUGUUAAUGACAAAAGAAAGAAGAGAAAGAGAAGAUACUCAUCAUCUGAUUCAUACAGCUCCAACAACUCUGAUUCAGACUCUUACUCCUCUGAUAGCAUCUCUGACUCAGAAUCUGAUUCAGACUAUUCAUCAUCAGAUGCUAGUUCAUCCAGUGAUUCAAGACACAAGAGGAGAAAGAAAACAUCAAAAAAGGAUAGAUACAGGCAUGGGAAAAGAAAGAGGGACUUGCUUAGAGAGAAGCAACAAAGGAGGCAUAAUAAAAGAUCAAGACGGAGGAGUUCGGAAAGUUCAAGUGAUCCGGAGAGUGAGAGUGCCAGCAGUAGUAGCUCGGAUAAUGAACAAGCUGAUUGUCAGAGGGAUGCUCAUAAAACCAAAAGUUCAUUACGAGGCACUGAUAUCUCUGCUAAAGCUCCUGCCGGACAGACAAAACUUCCUGCAAUGGUCUUGGGUGAAGAAGAAACUGGAGGAGGGCCAAGGAAAGAUGAAAAGGAAACUGUCAAGGAUAAUGCUUCACAUGAAGAGGGUGAACUCCUUAAUGGACAUGGUGAAUUUCGAGAAAAAGAGAAUGUCUUGGGAGCCAAAGUUGACAGAACUGUGAAUCUACAAUCACAAUCAGAUGACAAAUCAAGCAGAUUCAGGAGCAAGGAUCUCAAGGGAAGUUCAAGUGCAAGUCUUAGGAGUGGUCAACCAAUUCCAGAUAAGAUCCUACAUUUGGAAGGUGCUACUGCAAGUUCAAUGAGAGAGAAUGAAAGGCAAAAUCAGAAAAGUCCUUCAAGGAGUCCAGAAAAAAGCCCUGGGCAUAAAGCUUCUGAAGCCACUUUAAAUCGUGGAAGGAAUUUGUCAAGAAGCCGUUCCCGAGAGGGUGCCCCAAAGCGACUAAGGAAAGGACGAGGAUUUACUGAGCAGUAUGCAUAUGUCCGCAAAUACAGAACUCCUUCACCAGAGCGUUCUCCUGUUCGCUCCCACUAUUACAGGGGAAGAAAUGAAUGGGCAAGCGGCCAGGAUAGGUACUCAAGAUAUAGGACUUACACUGAGCGCACACGAGUACAACACUAUCGUCGCUCCCCAAGAGGUGGUAGUCCACUCAGAUAUCGAAGCAGGAGAGGGAGAAGCAGGAGUACUUCACCCAGUCCUGUUGGUUAUCGUGGCCAUGGGAGGGAUCGCAGCCGGAGCCCAAGACGCAGCCUGAGUCCUAAAUUUGACCGGGGACCAACGGUUAGUGAUAGACUCCGAUCUCGUCUUGGUCCACAAGGAAAUAGACACCCUUCUGAUAGAGGAAGGUCGAGGUCAAGGAACCGGGAUUCUUUGGCUUCCAGGUCUCCUGAUGCAGGCCCUCAUGCCAACAAAGACAAGGGUGAUAUGAGGUCUCGAAGCAGUUCUAGAUCCAGCAGCCCUGCUGGAAACCGUGGGUUGGUUUCUUAUGGAGACGGGAGCCCUGAUAGGUAGCUUUGAAUGAGCGUCAUAAGAAAUGUGCUCUCCUUUCCAAUCUCUUGUAAUCGGUUGUGCACAUGGAACACAAGCGCUUGUGGUGGCCAUGUUCAGGCUUUCGAACAUUAUGACGUUUUCUUGCUUGGUUUUAGGCUGUUUCUAGAGACCGAGUUGUUUUGAUUUGUGUCAAGGAUGUUUCUUGCAUUUGGCGGUGUCUUUUUUUUUUUGGCCGACCGGUACCUCAAAAUGAUUGGUAAUGAACUGCAACGUGGUGUGACCAAUAUUAAAGAUGAUUAGCUGAGAAUAAAUUAAUGAAAUAAUGAUAAGAAGGACGAUUUUUUUCAGAGUUA